GGCCUCGGGGAGGUGGCUGCCGUAAAGCUGCUUGCUCCCACGACGCUAGUCCCAACUCAGCGGCUCUGCAAGCUGGGAGAACACUACUGCCCCCCGACGAGCGCGAGAGCGAAGCUUCCCGCCCCGCUCCCUCCCCACCAGGGCGCCUUCUCCUCUGGGAGCCCAGGUGCCCCAGUGGGUCGCGGCCGCAGCAUCCUCAGGCCAGGCCGCGGGGGUAGGGCACAGCACGGGCCGCGAAAGCGGGGCCAUGGAGCGCAGGGAGUCGGGGAAGGCUCCAGUGACAUUUGAUGACAUCACGGUGUACUUGCUCCAGGAGGAAUGGAUGCUGCUGAGUCAGCAGCAGAAGGACCUCUGUGGCUCUGACAAGCUGGUGGCACCUCAGGGAGCGACUGUGACUGCCCCCACCUUGUUCAGGGAGUUUGGGCAAGGGUCCAAGCCAUGGCUGGGCGACAUCCACAGCCAGAGGAGUCUUCUGGGCCAUCACCCUGGAAAAAGUCAGGUUGGAUACAUGAAAGAAAUGGAUGUACAGAGUCCUGCCCAGGUCAGUGGACCAUACCUGCCACCUCUGAAGAAAGCCUGCCUUGUCCCCUCAAGUCCAGAAGGUGAUACCAUAGAGGGAGAAUGUACAGGAAGAAGCAAGAAACCCCGCUCCAUCCAGAAGUCGUGGUUUGUACAGUUUCCAUGGUUGAUCAUGAACGAGGAGCAGACGGCUUUGUUUUGCUCUGCCUGUCGAGCAUACCCAUCUGUCAGAGACAAACGGUCAAGAUUAAUAGAAGGUUAUACAGGACCCUUCAAGGUGGAGACUCUCAAGUACCAUGCCAAGAGCAAAGCUCACUUGUUCUGUGUCAAUGCCUUGGCUGCCCGAGACCCCAUCUGGGCAGCCCGUUUCCAGAGCAUCAGAGAUGGGUCUGCAGGUAUCCUGGCUGGCACCAAGCACCUCUUCCCUGCAGAUUAUCCCAUAUUCUACCCACCACAGCCUCUGGGAGACUUUGAUAAGAUGACCAAAUUCCUGCCAAGCCCAAGAGCUGAAUUGGAGGACCCUGGCCAGGGCGCAGCAAUACCUUCAUUGUACUUGGACUGCAUUGCAGAUAUAAGGCAAAAAGAAAUCUCCGGUGACACUCAUAAUUCCUCAAAUAUUAACGUUUUAUGCAAUGACACUAUUGAAUUCUACAGGCAGGGCACUGCAGAGGAGGGGCUACUGGAGGUACCUGUGGUGCUCGAGGAGCUUCCGGCCAUGUUUGAGGAUGUGGCAGUGUAUUUCACCCAGGAGGAGUGGGGCCUGAUGGACAAGCAGCAGAAGGAGCUGUACCGAGAUGUGAUGCGGAUGAACUAUGAGCUGUUGGCAUCCCUGGGGCCUACUGCUGCCAAGCCAGACUUGAUCUCAAAACUGGAGCGGAAAGCUGCACCUUGGAUCAAGGAUCCAAACAGGUUGAAGUCAGGGAAAGGUCAUCCGCCAGGGAGAAAGAAGAUGGUGGAAGUAAGCAAGGUAGACACUCAGGCCCCUGCUACAGAAUCUGCAUCACUUCCAGCUCCUCCUGUGGAGACAAGUGCCUCCUACUGCCCUUCCAGCGCAUGUGCAGGAGAAGUUGGCAGGCCUAGGAAAAGUCGGAGGACUUACAGACCCCGUUCCAUUCAGAGGUCAUGGUUUGGGCAGUUCCCAUGGUUAGUAGUCGACCCUACUGAGACCAAGCUCUUCUGUUCAGCCUGCAAAGAGAGACCCAUGCUCCAUGACAAAUCAUCUCGGUUAGUCCAAGGCUACACUGGGCCCUUUAAGGUAGAGACUUUAAAGUACCAUGAAGUCAGCAAGGCUCACAAGCUCUGCAUCAACACUGUGGAGGUCAAAGACAGCAGCCCUCAAGCCACCCUGGUCCCAGAAAUCUCCAGCGACCUCAUGGCCAACAUGGAGCACUUCUUCAAUGCCGCCUACUCCAUUGCAUACCACUCUCGGCCCCUGAAUGACUUUGAGAAGAUGCUGCAGCUCCUCCAAAGCACCGGGACCAUGAUAUUAGGCAAGUACCGAAACCGUACCGCAUGCACACAGUUCAUCAAAUACAUCUCAGAGACCCUGAAGAAGGAGAUCCUUGGGGAUAUCCGCAGCUCCCCGUGCGUGAGCGUGUUGCUGGACAGCUGCAGGGACUCUUCCAACCAGGCCUGCAUAGGAAUUUACAUUCGUUACCUUAAGCAGCUGGAGGUGAAAGAGUCAUACAUCACUCUGGCCCCACUCCACAGUGAGACAGUGGAUGGGUACUUCGAGACCAUCAUUGCAGCCCUGGACGAGCUGGACAUUCCUUUCCGGAAGCCUGGCUGGGUGGUGGGCCUGGGGACGAAUGGCUACACCAUGCUGAGCUGCAAGAGCGGCCUUGUGGAGAAGCUCCAAGAGAUCAUCCCACAGCUGCUUCCUGUUUACUGUGUGGCCCACCAGCUGCACCUGGCCGUGGUGGAUGCUUGUGGGAGAAUCGAUCUGGUGAGAAAGUGUGACCGGCACAUCCGGACCGUCUUCAAGUUUUACCAAUCCUCCAACAAGAGGCUGAGUGAGCUGCAGGACAGCGCAGCACCCCUGGAGCAGGAAAUCGUACGCCUGAAGGAUCUGAACGCUGUUCGCUGGGUGGCCAGCAAGAGGCGCACACUGAAUGCACUCCUUGUGAGCUGGCCUGCUCUUGUGCAGCACCUCCAAACUGUGGCAGAAGCAGGGGGCCAGGUUGGGCACAGGGCCCAGGGUCUGCUGAAGCUGAUGAAGGGCUUCCAUUUCAUCAAGUUCUGCCACUUCCUCUUGGACUUCCUGAGCAUCUACAGGCCCCUGGCUGAGGUGUGCCAGAAGGAGAUGGUGCUGAUCACAGAGGUGAACUCCGAGCUGGGGCGUGCUUAUGUCACACUGGAGACCCUCCGCCACCAGGCGGGACCCAAAGAGGAGGAGUUCAAUGCCAGUUUCCGGGACGGGCAGCUGCACGGUGUCUUCCUGGACAAGGUAGAGAUGGCAGAGCAGCGGUUCCAGAUGGAUAGGGAGAGGAUGAUCCUGACCGGGGUCGAGUACCUCCGGCAGAGGUUUGAUGCAGACCGUCCAGUGCAGCUCAAGAACAUGGAAGUGUUUGACACCAUGGCCUGGCCGGGUGGGGUGGAGUUGGCCCACUUUGGGAAUAAUGACAUUCUCAGCCUUGCCAGGCAUUUUGAGCUCUCCUUUCCCUCAGGGUACAGUGAGUCAGCACUGCUGGAGGAGUGGCUGGGCCUGAAGGUGGCUGCCCACAACCUCCCUUUCUCCAUGCUGUGUAAAAAUGCCCUGGCCCAGCACCGCCGCUUCCCCUUGCUCAGUAAGCUCAUGGCUGUGGUGGUCUGUGUGCCCAUUUCCACCUCCUGCUGUGAGCGUGGGUUUAAGGCCAUGAACCGUAUCAGGACUGAUGAGAGGACCAAGCUCUCCAAUGAGGUGCUUAACAUGCUCAUGAUGACAGCAGUGAAUGGAGUGGCAGUCACAGAGUAUGACCCACAGCCCGCCAUCCAGCACUGGUAUCUGACCUCCUCAGGCCGGCGCUUCAACCACGUCUAUGCCUGCUCCCAGGAGCCCACCCACUCCCACACAGGUGCUGGGCUCAGGAAGAAGGGGCUGGGAGCACGGAAGUGGCCAAUCACGCCUUCCGGGGAGCCCUGGAGGUUCUGAAGGAUGCUCAUGGAGCCCCAGAGACUCCUGUAUUACACCAGCCCAAGAGCUCCAAGCCAUCUUGAGAGGGAGAGGGGGCCUGGAGAAGGCCUGGGGGACCCCUACAUGGCCCUGCCACCUGACCCACUCAUGGGGACAGACUGCAGAUUCCGGGCUGUCCUGGUGGGGACACCCCCUAAGACCUAGGAAGUGGCCUCCGAGGGACACCAGGCGUUGCCCCAGGCCUAAGUGCAGAAUAUGCCCAGAGGGUCUCAUGUCCAUCUUUAAGGCCUUCCAGGAAGAGUCCCAGCCCACCACUUGCUGGUGGCAGAGGAUUUCCUGAAGUGGGAGGGACCAUUGGGGCCAGGGGCCCUCUGUGUCCCUUGCAGGGCAGUGAGGCUUCAUCAGGGUGGCACCCUUGCUGCAAGAGUCCCCAGGAACUGCCCAUUGGGACCACUGUCCCAGCUUCCAAGGCAGAAGCAGGGGGCCCUGGAUCAGGCAGGAAAUACACAUCAGAGAGUUCUGCUCCCCUUCUGGGAAUACCCUAGGAUGAAACAGAAGAGAACCCUUCCCUAGAGUACCUGAGAAGGGUGGUCUUGCCUGGCGCUCUCCCUGGAGGAAGUCCUUGAGUGUGUUUUCCCAAGGAAAUGUGGGUCAAACUCAGAAUUGAUCCAGCCAGGCUCUGCUGCAGGCAGUGGUUUGCCUGUAAUUAGUCCCUUGUGCUUAUCUGUGCCUCAGUUUCCCUCUCUAUGCCAUGGCAGCUGAGAAUCCAAGUGCCUGCUGGCCCUCCCUUGCCCCAGCAUAGUAGCAAGAGCCUCAUACUCCUUGAGAGAGGGACAUCUCCACCCUCUGCUGUGUCCCAUCCCUGUCCUUUGUGUGAAGUUUGCCACAGAGUCUUCUUGUGGGCAGGGGUGCUAUCCACAUGGGCAGUCAGCAGGAUGGGGGUAUCCCCUCCUCUGCAGGCUGCUGGGAACUCUGCUUGGAACUUCCAGCACCGCUUGGUGAAUAUGCCCUGCCCCGAUGGGCCCAGUCCCAUUCCUGGACUGGACUCAGAGACCAGAGUUUCUAACUAGCUGCCCCAGAACUUUCUGGGCAUUCUCCACUUAGGACACCUCUGGCACUAGCAGGUCCCCUGGUCCCCUCGCUGUCAUCCCUUCUCACCUGGGGAGAGCUCUCUCCUCCUAGGGCAAUGUGGUCUUAGCAGUCUCCAGGCUGCUGAGCUGGAUGGGAAGCUGGUGUCCGGGUUCUGCUUCCCUAGCCGGUAGGGAAGUUAGGGAUGUCUGUGUGAAGGGCUUCUUGCUUCCGCCUCAUGCUCAUUUAGACAGGCAGGGACCCUGUGUGAGGCCCAUCUGCAGAGGCACUGCUCUGUGGUGCCAGCACCCAGGCACCUUCCCAUCCUACAGACUCCCUGGUUCCUGACAUCCACACUCAGUCUUAGCACUUCACGUUGCUGUCUUUCUCCUCUCUGCCCCUACCCUAUGGAGGUGUCUCCCCUCCAGCUCUGGAGGUGACCUUCAGAAGCCCCCAAGGAGGACGCACUUUUUCUUUGGCCAGAGUCCUGGCCAUCAUCUUCACCCAGGUACUCAUCCUGGCACCUGUCCCUCUUUCCUCAUGACUGACGCCCACUGAGGCUGGCAUUCCAUAUAACCAGCAUUGUACCAGACACUUUGAUUUCAGUAGCCAUAGAGACUUGGGGGGUGAGGGAGCCCUGCCUUGUCCAGGUCAGAAACCUCUGAGGGCAACCAACUCCAGACCUUUGCUCUCUGUCCUGAAAAGAGGAGUCCCUAGGGUUCCAUGUAUGGGUCAGCACAGGGUGGAGGUCACUGGUUCCCUCACCCAGGUGUCUAUAUGGCCAAGAGCACCAAGCAUGACUGGCCAUGGAUGUCCUUACUUCCCUUGGUUUCAAUGACGUGCACAUAUUUAGAAUAACUAUGUUCAUUCUAAAUCUUUUGCUAUCUGAAUAAAGUAGAGUUUAUUUCCACACAUGAUUCUGUCCUGUAAGUCCCUAGGUAAGAAUCAGGAGCUGGGAGAAGCUGCUCAAGGCCAGCUGGAUUGGCCCUCCUUGAAGAGAUGUCUCAGCAGUCAGCUCCCAGUGAAAGCAGCCUCCUCUGAAUCUCAGCACAUGGGCUGUGCCCCUACCUUUCUUUUCCAAGCAUGUGUGACUUCCAGUGCAGUGUGAAGGCAUUUCCUGGAGAUGCACCAGUCCCUGGUGCCAGGGCUACUGAGUCAGGCCCUCCUCAUUGUGGGUCUUCCCAUGGAUCAGCACAACUCUCCAGUCCUGGAGCCCUUCCUGCACCAGCAGCCCUGCAAGCCCCUCAGUGGCCUAGGUCCGCAGCUCCUGCCACACUUGGCACCCAAACAGCUGCUUACCUGUGUACCUGGGAAUGGACGCCUGAAGAUGCCUUGCCUUUGAACCUUUUAUCACAGUCAGUGCAGGUGCUAGGGACCCUUCUGGGGAUGCUUCUGCCAUGGCUGCAAUAGAAGGGCUCUCAGGGUUGCAAGAUCUUCAGGGGUCAAGCAUGGACCAUGCAACAGCAAGGGCCCUGGAACAGGGAAGCUGGCAGGGUUUUUCCUGGUCCUGGUCCAUGUGGCACCAGAGACACUAUGCUAUUGGAAUGCAUACCUCUCAUUUCCCACAUACGUUGCUAUCUGAAGGCAAGACCUUUGUUACACUGGGACACUGCAAGGGCCACUCUCCCACAUGGCUAUGCCCAUGGCUGGCUGGGGAUGUAUGGCUCCUGAAGUUCUGGUCACACUCAGCACAGGUUAGGUGAUUUCAGCACAACCUGAAGGACAUAGGUGUCCCCAGAAGCAACUGUUUGGGGUUUCAGCUCACAUUAGCCUAAGGAGCCAUUUGGGUGGGGUUUCCAGUUGCCCCGUGGUCAUCUUCAUUCUCCUGAAAGGGAGCUCAGGAGUCAGCCAAGUAACAAGAACAUACCACUUUCAUUCAGUGUCAUUCUCUCAUCUUGUGGUCCCAGCAGGAUCACCUGACCGAGGGCAGCAUCCUGUGAUGGCACAGCUGGAUCCAAAGGUGGCUCCGAUUCCAACUGGUGGGUCUGAGGACACUAUCAUCCUGGAGCCCUGGUAAAUGUGUCUGGGUGUCACUCUGCCUGCUAUAAUUGAAGCGUGUUGGCCAGGGAGUCUGUACUCUCACUGCCAUGCUAGUAACUCCCUGCUGCAGCCACAGCUGGAGAGCAAGUGUAGAGAGCCUUCCCCAGAAGUCAGGAAGUGUCAGAGUCCUGGACAACAGUACCUCGCCCUUCAUUCUUGACUUCAGGUUCAGCAAUCAGGGGUAAAUAGGCCAACUUGUCAUGAGAU